AUGGAGCGGUACGACGCCAGUGAAGGCGAAGAAGAGGUGCGGCUGUCGGCCGCGAGCCAAACGGAAAGGUCGGGGCUGCUCGGCAGGGGAGCUGGCAGCUCGAACAAGAAGAAGAAGAACAAGGGCAAGUAUGACAGCGGUCUGGGCGAGCUCGACACGGAUUUCGAUGAAGACAACGAGCAGGUAGUGUUCUCUGUUGGCGAAACCAAGCGCCCGAGCGGCAAGGACGGCGCCUUCGACAAUCACUACUCCCAGAUCACCCCCAAAUCGUAUCAGUUCAAGGCUCUCUUCCGCAAGAACUUCAAACUCCAGUUGCGGCAAAGGUGCACGCUGUGCUGCCAGAUUGUGGUCCCGCUACUUCUCAUCCUCUACGUGGGCGCCAUGCAGCUACUCUUCAACUCCCUCCUCGACGACAACAAGGGGUGGAAAGACCCCGAGGUGAAGAUGCCCGUCGCGCUGAACCAAAGCUGGACCUACUUCAUCGGCGAUCCCUUGCCACAGUCGGUGCCCGAUCUGGGCUACCUUUCCAUCACUGGCGAUAAAGGCGGCAUGCUGAGCAGUAUAAACCAGACGAAAUACUUUACACCUAACGGCACAGCGUACCACAUGCCCUUCCUGCUCCCGUACUCCUCCCGAGCAAAACUGCAAACCGAGAUUAAGAGCAUGAAGGAUCGGUUCUCGGCUGCCCUGCAAUCGGGUGGGGAAAUCGAAAGCUUCCUCGCGGCUCCCUUCGCCGCGCUAGCAUUCUCGUUCAGGAACGUUUCCACGCAGGGAACGCCGCACCUCAGUUUCGAGCUGCAGAGGGAGCAACAGUAUCCCUACAUUAUCGCCUACCAAGGCGACUCGUCGAGUAUCAUCCUGAUGGCCAGCGCAUGGCUCGUCGCGAGCAUCAACCUCGUUGUCAAGACUCUCCUGCAGGGCUUCCCCUACGAAGACCUGCCGCUCAACAUCGACAGGGAGCAACAGUAUCCCUACAUUAUCGCCUACCAGUAA